UGUGAUAGCUCAAAAUGGCGGCUCGAAUUGGAGGCAAUAUACAAUUAUGGAAUGAUGCAAAGAAGAAUUAAAGCUAGAUCUACUACUAUAACGUACACAUGGUAUUGUUACAACGAUUAAAAGAAUAUAUUCAACGCACAACCUAAAAAUCCAAGAUGGUUGUUGACUUUCUUGCAGAAAAUAACCUGUGUGGACAGACUAUUCUUCGUCUUGUCGCUCGAGGAAAUGCCAUCAUAGCAGAAUUGUUACGUCUUUCAGAUUUUAUCCCGCCAGUUUUCAAAAUGGAAAAUAAGCAAGAUGUUGCUAAAUAUGGAGAUCUUUUGUCAGACUUCAGCUACUUUAGAAAUGCAGAAUAUUUUGAUAAUAAGAUUGAUUCUAAAGAGGAGCUGCAGGACUUAGAUGCCGAGUUCCAGGAAAAUAACAUAGAGAUUCUCACAAGAUUCUACCUUGCCUUUGAAAGUGUACAUAAAUAUGUGGUGGAUCUUAAUAGAUUUCUAGAAGAUUUAGAUGAGGGUGUCUAUAUACAACAGACCCUAGAGAGUGUACUUCUCAAUGAAGAUGGCAAACAAGUGAUGAGUGAGGUGCUAUAUCUGUAUGGGGUGAUGUUGCUUAUCAUAGAUUUGAGAAUGGAGGGUCCAGUGAGAGAGAGGAUGAUGGUCUCCUAUCACAGAUACAGCUCCCAGUCUAGCACCAGUAGCUCUAAUGUUGAUGAUGUUUGCAAACUGCUACGUAGCACAGGAUUCUCAACCCAAGCUACAAGCAAAAGACCAACGCAGUAUCCUGAAUCUUACUUUGGGAGAGUACCUAUCAAUAAAACAUUCAUCAAUAUGCUGAUUGGUCGAUUACGAUCAGAUGACGUCUACAACCAAAUCUCAGCAUAUCCAUUCCCUGAGCAUCGUAGCACGGCACUCGCCACGCAGGCCAGCAUGUUGUACGUUAUAUUGUUCUUCGCUCCCGGUAUUCUCAAUGGAGAGCAGGCAAUCAUGAGGGAAAUAGUAGACAAGCAUUUCCCUGAUAAUUACGUAAUCAGUGUGUACAUGGGGAUGACUGUUAACCUCCUUGACUCCUGGGCACCUUACAAAGCAGCCAUAACAGCAUUAAACAAUACUCUCAGCACAGCCAAUAUUAAAGAACAGGCAGUAAAAUAUGGUGUGAAGGUUCAGAAGAUUAUUCCCAUUGUGAUACAAUAUCUGAAGGAGGGUGUUCUCCAAGAAGAGUUUAUAUUGGAUAACAUUCCUAAACUGAUGAACAUCCUGAGAGAAUGUAAUGUGACUCUGCGCUGGAUGAUGCUGCACAAUGCACCUCUCUCUCCAAGUGCUGAGGCCAAUAAAAGAUGCAGGCAGUUUCGCGAUCAAAUCGCUUCAGAGAGUAGAUAUAAUCCAGAAGUGUUAUUUGCCCUUCUCCUGAACACAUCACAGUUUGAGUUCAAACUUAAAGAGAUGUUUAAACACAUGCUUGCUCAGAAGCAAACCAAAUGGGAGGAGCACAAGAAGGAGGGUGGUGAGAGAGUACAAGAGCUUGGAGAUGUAUUCUCAGGAACAAAACCUCUAACUAGGGUAGAGAAAAAUGAAAAUCUCCAAGCAUGGUUCACUGAGAUGGCCAAGCAGAUCAACUCACUAGACUAUGAUGAUUCCACUGCUGCAGGGAGAAAGAUUGUACAACUUAUUCAAGCACUGGAGGAGGUGCAAGAGUUCCAUCAAUUGGAGAGCAACCUCCAAGUGAAGCAGUUUCUAGCAGACACCAGGCAGUACCUGCAUCAAAUGAUCAGAACCAUCAACAUAAAGGAGGAGGUAUUGGUCACACUGGAGAUUGUAGCUGACCUCUCAUAUGCUUGGGAAAUUAUAGAUGGGUUUACUGGCCAUAUGCAACAAGGCAUCAAAAAGGAUCCAGCUAUGGUAACAAAGUUAAGAGCAACAUUUCUUAAGAUGGCAUCUGCAUUGGACAUGCCUUUGUUACGAAUCAGCCAAGCCCAGAGUCCUGAUCUCAUGAGUGUGUCGCAAUACUACUCUGGGGAACUUGUAUCCUAUGUUAGGAAAGUCCUUCAGAUUAUACCCGAGACAAUGUUUGGUCUUUUGGGUAGGAUAAUCCAGUUGAUGACUGGGAGCAUAAAAGAGGUGCCAACUAGAUUAGAGAAAGACAAGAUGAGAGAAUAUGCUCAGUUAGAUGAACGCUAUGAGGUUGCCAAACUGACCCAUGCUAUAUCAGUGUUCACUGAAGGUAUACUGAUGAUGAAGACAACCCUAGUUGGCAUAAUAAAGAUUGACCCUAAGCAGCUUCUAGAGGAUGGGAUUAGGAAGGAAUUAGUGAAACAAGUUGCAACUGCCCUUCACCAGGGACUUAUCUUCAAUCCAAAGGCUAAGACAAGUGAACUAAGCCCAAGGUUGGAUGCUAUGGGGGCCACCAUGGAUGGCUUCAGGAGGUCAUUUGAGUACAUUCAGGAUUAUGUUAACAUAUAUGGCCUAAAGAUAUGGCAGGAGGAAGUUUCUAGAAUCAUUAACUACAAUGUAGAGCAGGAAUGUAACAGCUUCCUUAGAACAAAGGUGGCAGAUUGGCAGAGUAUAUACCAGUCAACUGCCAUACCCAUUCCAAGGUAUGCACCCACUAAUGCAGAGUCUGUUAACUGGAUAGGACGUCUUGCCAGAGAAAUACUUAGGAUAACAGAUCCAAAAAAUACAUCCUACAUAGACCAAAUGAGGGGCUGGUAUGAUAUUAGAACAAAACAAGAAGUCUGCAAUAUUACUUUAUUUAAAAAAUUACAGAGGGGUGUUGGUAUAUGGGGCCUGACGGGUCUUGACAGACUCUUGUGUUUCAUGAUAGUUCAAGAGCUACAGAACGUUCUACAAAUACUAGAAAGAGGUGUUCUCAGAGACAAGGCGUGGCUACAGAUGUUUGGACAGUUUGUGAACUCUGUUAACCCAGUCAAAAGUAUAGUUAGUCAUCCUCAGAAGAUUUAUACUCAAGCAACAGCCAAAGCUAUCAAAAUGUGGCCCCAGUUCCUGGAUGUCAACUUAAGAGUUGGGCAAAUGCAGCUUUUAAGGCGACAGAUUGCAAGUGAACUGAACACAUCUGCAAAGUUUGACUCAAAAUUCCUCUCCAGUACAUUAUCAACUUUCAAUGAGGCUCUACUAUCAGACAUAGAGAAGCAUUACCAAGACCCAGAUCUCCCAUAUCCCAAGGAGGAGAACCCCCUCAUGUUUGAACUUACCUCGUACCUAGAGUGUGUUGGUGUACACAAUCCACUAUCAAAGAUUUACAUUACAACCAAGAGGCUUCAGUACUUCUCAUUGUUCAACUUUUUAUUCGUCAUUUCACAGAUCCCAAAACUUGUCUACGUGAAAUCAGUGGGUGGUAUGGUGUGUAAGCGUCCCCAAGAACCUAUAGAUGGCGCCCCAUUUGUGGUGGGCACAAUAACAUUUUUGAAACAGUUUCAUUCAGAGAACACUGACCAGUUCCUAGCACUCUUGGGCCAGUAUGUGCGCUCACACAUGGAUGUUGCCACCAGUAGCAAGAGUCCUGAGUUGCCAACAGAAGUGAUCAAUGUCCUGGUGUUCCUGGAGGACUUUGUCUACUACAGUGGUUUGCCCAGAAAGGUGGUAGAGGCGCAUAUACCAACUUAUAUAUUUGAUGAGUUCAGGAGCCAAGUCACCGUUACGUGAUCCAUGUCAGGAACUAGAUGGGGGAAAGUGUAUCCUGUAUAUGUAUCAUGGUUAAGUUUUUACAUUUUCCAGUGGAAUAUUCUACAGGAAUUCUUUAUAUCUUCAUAUUUCAAAUAAUACUUCCUCCCAGAUAUGUAUGGAAUAAACAUUGACAAUUCAAUUGACAGGAGUAACAGUAGUUUUGUUAUGUGGAAGUCAGAGAAUUUCAAUUCUCAACACUUAUCUUAGUUCCUGUGACUUUGUGCAAUACAUAACAGUGUAGGUUGUGUAUAAUGUAAUAAAUGAAGUUUGUAUUACUGCCGCAUUAUUUUUCUUCAAUAUUGUACAUUCAAAAUUUGAGAAAUAUGUACUAUUAUAUUCAUGAUACUGUAUGGUUGCUAUAUACCUAAUGAAUUUCCGUAUUUGUACAUAAAUAUAUAAUGUAAAUAAAUAAAACAUAUAAAUUGGAAUAACCCAAUGUCCUAUUUGAAAUACAAAAUACAAUGUAUGUGUAAAAUAGUUUUUCUUUUUGAUAUGUUAAACUUUACUCUUCCAUUUGGUAGAUAUACCCCCAGACCUUGUUACAUACUUUUACUUUCAACCUUUCAUCUAAGUAAUCAUCAGUCAGAAUAUGUGUAUAAGGAAUUUCCUACUUGAGCAUGUCCUACUUCAUCAUUGAAAAACAUUUGGUAGGAAUUCUCCUACUUAAAAAUGACAUUGUUGAAAAUAUUAAUAGAAAUUAUUUUACUUGAAUAUAUGGCAUUGUUGAAACUAUGGGUAAAAAAUUGUCCCUGGCUUGAAAGUGGCAUAGCUGAAAAUAUGGGUAAAAAUUGCCCCACUUGAGUAUGGCAUUGUUGA